AAGAAAUGAAACUAGCUAAUCACCGCGUCGAGCAUCGUUCAGCAUUUAAGCGCCGUAGUGUCCAUAAUACUGGGUGAUGUUAAAAUGCAUUUGGAUACCUUCAAUACAAACGAAACACCUCAAUCGCAUCGCAAACAUAAUGUCCUGUAUAUCCAGUCUGACUGUCACCGAAACAUUUUUAACCGUGGCCUGUUCGACGACAAUGCCAGCUGCUCCACAGCUCCCUUCCGCAUUUUCCUGCGGCUCUAAGACUGUGACGUGUUGUGCUGACGGCGGCCUAAAUGCUGGAGGAGCUGGGGGCUGCAUCGUAUCUUUGUGCAUCAGUGGAGCUCCGAAAAGCUCGGCCCCUCCCUCCCUGAGCCUCAGCGGCCCGCCCUGCUUACACAAUCCCCCGUCUGAGUCCUGCCCGAGUCUGGUGAACCUAUACGGCCUGCGAAACUGCGAAAAGACAGGCCGCAAAUUACCCAAAUUUGACAGAAAGUCGAGACACGGGCCUUUGUUUGCAGGCAGCCCAGGCCUCAGGAGGCCGCAGCUAGGCCGCGAGGAGGAAAGGGAGAACAAAAUACAACACAGAUGAGGAGUGAAGACAAUGGAUGAAGUGACUGCUCUCUCCAUCCAUUCUCAAGAGCCUAAGAUCAUAUUUCAUGAAUCAGGUGGGGAUGGCGAGGAAGAUGAUGGAGUGGUGGUGGAGCUGCAGGAGACUGUUCUGGUCUCUGACAUUGAUGGAGAAGGCAUGACUGUGCACGGCUUCGCUCCGGAGGAGCUCGUGAUCCAGGACGCCAUUGAGGACGUCGUUGCAGAGUAUGUGCAGUGUGCCGAUGACGAUGGGCUGGAGUCGGCCAUCGCCGUGGAGACGUGUGAGAUGUCCCCCGACGAAGUGGCACUCGAGGACGAAGGCCUCCAGAUGGACGACAAGCCAGAGGAGGAUGGUUGCGGCGAUUAUCUGAUGAUUUCAUUGGAUGAAGCUGGCAAAAUGGUGUCGGGUGAUGGUGAAAAGGUAUCGGUGGAAGCUACUUUAGAGGGGCAGGAUGGUGAAGAUAAGGAUGAAGAUGGCCAGGAAGUCAUCAAGGUGUACAUCUUCAAAGCUGACUCUGGGGAGGAAGACCUUGGUGGGACAGUGGACAUUGAUGAGAGUGAGCUCGAUGUUGAUGAAGGUGUGGAGUUGGUGGACUCCACUGGCCUUCCCAUCAGGGAGAAAAUGGUGUACAUGUCUGUCGGAGAUGCUCAUGAAACUCAGGAUGACAUCAAUGUUGCAAAGAUAUCCGAUGAGGUUUACAUGGAGGUGGUGGUGGGAGGAGAGGAGGCGGGAAAUCAGCUCUCGUUCAACAGCACCGCGCUGAGCAAGGAGUUCAUGCCUGUGGCGUGGGCCGCUGCCUGUGGUGGAGAGGAGAGUGAGACCUGUGAGACAAGGAACGGGGCGGCCAGCGCUCUCCUUCACAUUGACGAGUCCGACGUUAUUGAAAAGCUGAAUCGGCAGCGGAGCAAGAACAAAAACAAAAAACGCUCCGAGCUCCAUCAUGUUCAGACAGCCAUCAUCAUUGGGCCUUAUGGGCAACCUUUGACCGUCUACCCAUGCAUGCUCUGUGGCAAAAAAUUCAAGUCGCGAGGCUUCCUGAAGCGCCACGCCAAGAACCACCACCAGGAGACGGUCAACCGGAAGAAGUACCAGUGUACGGACUGCGACUUCACCACCAACAAAAAGGCCAGCCUGCACAACCACAUGGAGAUCCACGCGCUCAGCAGCAAGGUGGCCCCCUUCGAGUGCGAGAUCUGUGGCAAGGAGUUCAACCAGCAGGCGGCGCUCUUCUCCCACCGUCUGCAGCACCACCACCGUGAGCCCAAGCUCCAGAUCACGCCGCCCCAAACCAAUAAGAUGCACAAGUGCAAGUUUUGCGACUACGAGACGGCCGAGCAGGGCCUCCUGAACCGCCACCUACUGGCUGUGCACAGCAAGAACUUUCCCCACAUCUGCGUGGAGUGUGGCAAGGGCUUCCGGCACCCGUCUGAGCUGAAGAAGCACAUGCGAACGCAUACGGGCGAGAAGCCGUACGCCUGUCACUACUGCGACUACAAGUCGGCCGACUCGUCCAACCUGAAGACGCACGUGAAGACCAAGCACAGCAAGGAGAUGCCGUACAAGUGCGACCGCUGCUUCCAGACGUUCGCCGAGAUGGACGAGCUGAUGCAACACGGGCUGACGCACGAGGAGGCCAAGUCGCACCAGUGCCCACACUGCGGCCACAAGAGCUCCAACUCCAGCGACCUGAAGCGCCACAUCAUCUCGGUGCACACCAAAGACUACCCGCACAAGUGCACCAUCUGUGGCAAGGGCUUCCACCGGCCGUCCGAGCUCAAGAAGCACUCCAUCUCGCACCGCGUGCGCCGGCUGCACAAGUGCCGACACUGCAACUUCAAGAUUGCGGACCCCUUCGUUCUGAGCAGGCACAUUCUCUCGGUGCACACCAAGGAGCAGAAGGCCUUGUCCGACAAGCCAGCUGCCGUGGUAGCGACGGCGGCAGCGGUGGUGGCCAAAAGGACCUUUGGGGCUGGAGGGGCUUCGGCAUCGGGGCCUAAGAAGGCCUUCUCUGCUGGGGCGGCGGUGAUGAAGGGACCCAGGGAGAGGCGGGUGUACCAGUGCCAGUACUGCGAGUACAGCACAGGCGAUGCCUCGGGCUUCAAGCGGCACGUCAUCUCCAUUCACACCAAGGACUACCCGCACCGCUGCGAAUACUGCUCCAAGGGCUUCCGGCGGCCUUCGGAAAAGAACCAGCACAUCAUACGCCACCACAAGGACUUGAUAUCCCCGGAAUGAGUUGGCAACCCGGGUAAAUACCGCUAUCGUUGCCGGCAAUUCCCAGCCAAGCCGCUGGAAGAACAUCAGCUUCCUUGUGGGUCAGCAUUUUGAAACAGUCCAUCCAUCACAAUGUUUUGUUUGGUCCUUCAUGAAAUUGCUGUUAAGUGCUAUGUUCGGACCCCAGGAAAAAAAGUUUCCCACAGAGCAUGAACUUGGCCAUGUGUGAGGCAAAGACUGAGGUGUCAGAGCCAGAACUGUUUCUUGUUUGUUGAUCUUUACAAGUGGUUUUGUUUCCCUCUGAUUUAGUUUAUUUUUAUUUUUUUAAUGAUUUCUUUUCCAUCAAUGUUCUGCAAUGCUCUGGCUCACGUACGAAUGAAAUGUAAAACGAAUGUGCCAGAUAUGAGUUGCUUUGACUUGUAAUGCCUUCAGCAAAAUACACGGCACUCUAGGAAAAAGCUCCAUCAUGCAACCUGAGUUCAUUAUUAUUAAUUAUGUUCACUAACAGUAUUUGGUCAUGGUAUUUUUGGUAUUUCACUUUGAAGACAAUCAUGGGAUAGACUUUUUUUGGCCAUGCACACACACAGCUCUGAUAAACUCCGAAUGGAAGUUGAAGAGGCCUGAUGUCCCACCUCAUUUAGACUGUUGACUUUGAAUUAUUAAUUUCUCUAUUCUGAAAGCAGAUAACAGCGUUAAGGAACAGGCCUACUCUCUAUAUUUUCAGUUUCAUUGUAUGUGAGCUUUUUAUUUGUCUAAACACUUCCACUUGCGCCUUUCCACUUGGCUGCUGUUUUCAUUUUCCUGGUGUUUUUUCUGAUGACGAGAGGUCAUCCGGUUCUCUAUGUGGAUGUAUGCGGGCAUGCUCCAGCAAUGAGAACCAUCCUCACUUAAACUGCGGUGCUAGUACUUAAGGUAAUAUUUUUGUUAAAAGAGUGUCUACAAACAAGUAAUUAGUUUGGUCGAAAUUAGAAAAAUACAUAAUUGCAAGGCUGGUGACUCCUUAAGGACCUAUUAUAACACUAUUGCUUUCACCUGGCAGGUAUUUAAGUUUUUUUUUCUUUUUUUUUUUGCCCUCAUUGCAGAGGGGGGAGGAGUGGUAUCUUCUCUGUUUAACCAGCAGCACCUACCACAGGCAGCCCUGAAAAGCUUGAAGAAGAGGGGGUAGGAGACACAUUUCAGUGAGAUUGCUCAUGGUACCUGUGACUUCAGCCACGUUUCCCCCUGACCAAUGUUACUAACCCCAAUCAGUUGAACAAUUCCUCGUCAAUAACACCUUUUUGAUCCUACACCUUGGCUACCUGUGGUUAUUGUUUUAUUUUGUUUGCAUAGUUAAAGGGGAACAUGAGUAUAUAUUAGCAUUUUUGUAUGCAAAGUUUCACUUAAAACUAUUGUUGAUGUAAACAUUUUAACAGAGCUAUCCAGAAAUAUGUUGUGUAAUUGUAUUGGAGGUAAUUGUAAUAGAGCAAAAAAAGUAUUAAAAAGCAGAAGAUUUUU